AUGACCCUGAGGAACCACAGCACCAUUACCGAGUUUGUCCUCACGGGGCUGUCAGACGACCCCCGCAUCGAGGCUCUGCUCUUCGUGCUCUUCCUGGUGAUUUACCUCCUGACCAUGAUGGGGAACCUGACGAUGCUGCUGGUGAUCAGGGCUGACUCCCACCUCCACACGCCCAUGUACUUCUUCUUGAGUAAUCUAUCAUUUGUGGACCUCUGCUUCUCUUGUGUCACUCUGCCCAAGCUCCUCAAGGACCUCCUGUCUGAGAAGAAAACCAUCUCUCUCGAGGGCUGUCUGGCUCAAGUCUUCUUUGUGUUUUUCUCUUCAGGAACUGAAGCCUGUCUGCUCUCAGUGAUGGCCUAUGACCGCUAUGCUGCCAUCUGCCACCCCCUCCACUAUGGCCAGGUGAUGAGCAACCGGCUCUGUGUGAGGCUGGUGUUGAUCUCAUGGGGCCUGGCCUCUCUCAAUGCAUUUGUCAUUGUGCUCCUGGCUAUUAGCCUGGAUUUCUGUGAUGCCCAAACCAUCCACCAUUACACCUGUGAGCUGCCUGCCCUUUUUCCCCUGUCUUGUUCUGAUAUCUCUAUUGUUACCAAUAUCCUACUCUGCUCCAGCCUAUUGCAUGGGCUUGGAACCUUCAUCCCAAUCUUCUUCUCUUAUGCCCGUAUUAUCUCCACCAUACUGAGCAUCAGGUCCACCACAGGCAGAAGCAAGGCCUUCUCCACCUGCUCAUCCCACCUCAUCGCAGUGAUCCUGUUCUUUGGCUCCGGGUUUCUUUGUUAUCUCAUGCCUCCCUCUGGCUCCUCUUUGGAUUUGCUCCUCUCCGUACAGUACAGUGGAGUCACGCCCAUGCUGAACCCCCUCAUCUACAGCCUAAAGAACAAGGAGGUGAAGGCAGCUAUGAAGAGGACUUUGGGGAAAUACCUAUAA